AUGUCUACCGGUGUGCCGGACUCGGCCGGAUCCUCCUCCCAUGGAAUAAGAAGACGCACAGCGCACGGACUAGCGAAACGCUCGGCGGCAUCGGCGGCGGCGGCUACAGCGACCUCGGCAUCGGCCUCGGAAGCGGAAGCGGCGGUGGCCGCGCUGGCCUCGAUGAUGGAACCCCCGGCCAGUAUCAUUAUGAAGGCUGCAGCGGCGGCGGCGGCAGCGGCAGCUGCGGCGGCCUCCGGCUCAGCCACUGCCAAGGAAGAGCCCGACUGUGGUGACAUGAACGAUAGGGUUGCGUCCUCGGUGGACUCCAGCAUGGACAGCAGUGCUCUCGCCAGCUGCCUCUCGAGCACGAUGUCGUCGCUGCGCAGCGCCACCCACGGUGGCUCCGGAACUGGCGGGGGGCGAGGAAGGGGAUCGGCGGCUGGGGGCGGUGGCGAGGGCGGGCCCGACGGAGGCAACAUGAGCGGCGGAGACGACAAUCUGUCGGACAACUCGGAAUCGACAACGGGCGCGACGACGACCAGCUCAUCGAGCGUCGCUGCGGCGCAGCUGCUGGAAAACCUCAAACACAACCUCAACCACCACAACCACCACCACCAUCACAACAACAACAACAACACCAGUGCAAUCAACAACAACAACCCGCUGCACGUAAACAACAACAACAACGGCAACGGCAACGGCAACCGGAAGCUGUUCGAGUGCGACGUUUGCAAUAUGAAGUUCUCGAACGGGGCGAACAUGCGGCGGCACAAGAUGCGCCACACGGGCGUGAAGCCGUACGAGUGUCGCGUGUGCCAGAAGCGCUUCUUCCGGAAGGACCACCUGGCCGAGCACUUCACGACGCACACGAAAACGCUACCCUACCACUGCCCGAUCUGCAACCGAGGCUUCCAGCGGCAGAUCGCGAUGCGGGCGCACUUCCAGAACGAGCACGUCGGCCAGCACGAUCUCGUGAAGACGUGCCCGCUGUGCAGCUACCGGGCGGGGACGAUGAAGUCGCUGCGGGUGCACUUCUUCAACCGGCACGGCAUCGACUUGGACAACCCGGGCCCGGGUACGCCGUCGUCGCUGCUGCUCGCCCUGGACCAGCACAACCCGGCGAACCUGCUGCCGGCGGCCCUGGCCGCCAUGAACGCCGUCAGCGCGUCCUUCGGCGACGGCAGCUCCGCGACGGGCGUCGACUCGAUGCAGCGCUCGAUCGACAACGGCACGCCACCGAUGCACUUCCUGACGCCGCACGUCGAGAUCUCGAUGGCCGACAACGCCGAAGACGAUGACAACAGUAUGCCGUUGAACUGCAGCCGGGACGGGCCGGGUGGAGGUGGUGGUAGCGGGGAGCGCCUUGGGGGACCCCAGGAGAUGCAGCAGGGCGGCCGGUCACACAACGGCACGCCGAUGAUGCUGGCGAACGGUCCGAGCCCCGGCGGCAGUAGCAACGGGAACAACGACCGCAGCACCCCCACCACCUCCUGCUCCUCCGCCACGAUCUCGUCCGGGCUGGACAUCAAGGCCAUCGUGCGGACCUCGAACGGCAGCACGACGCAGGGCGUGGUGGCGUCGUCCGCCUCGCCGGUCGGUUCCCCGCACUCGGCCGACUCCAAUGCACCCUCCAGCUCCCACUCUUCGUCGUCGUCGUCCACCAAUGCAACGAUGCUUCCGACACUAGUACAAAGCUCAAGGCAUAUUAUUUUUGAUAACCCUAUUACACCAUCGAUAAGCUUAAUACCCAUUAAACAGGAGCCAAUGACAAACGAUGAGUACAACGACACCAAACCACGAAGCAACAGUAGCGCGGAGGCAACGACGUCUAACAGCAUCAGCAAUUCCACUGAGAAUGUUACCCCAUCGUCCAGUUUGACUUCCUUGAUAAAGGUAUCACCUCUGAAGUCGUUACUCCGAGAAGAUCUAAAACGUCGAAUUUCGGCACGUGCUACAACACGUGCGACGCGCAACGGAAUGCUAGCAAGCAGUUCGCCGGUUCCAGCCAGCAGUCCGAUUCCAAACAGCUCUAAUGCGCUUGUAGGAGCAGCUCAGGAAAGCGGCAACGGGUGUAGCAACAGUUCCACUAGUUCGAGCAGCAGCUCGAGCAGUAGCUCCAGCAGCAGCAGCAGCAGUGCAGCCGCCAUUGCCGCGGCAACUACCUCAAACGGUACAAUAACCUCUACCGGCCAGGAAACGGAGCUGCUGCUCUCGCUCACAUCGAAGUCAAAGCGCCACCUACAGUGUCUGUUCUGUGGCAUCGAGUUCCCGGAUCAGACCCUCUACUUCCUGCACAAAGGAUGCCACAGUGAGAGCAAUCCGUGGAAAUGCAAUAUCUGCGGCGAGCAGAUGAACAACGUGUACGAGUUCAACUCACAUCUGCUCAGUAAAAGCCAUCAAUGA